UAUAUGGACGAGCGCGCGCUGCGUGGAGUAACUUCAGCACCUGGACAGCGACCUCCGCGAGACAGGCGUCACAUUGCUACAGAAGCGCGCGGCGCCACGCGCUUCGAAAUGGCUUGAAAUACCGCAUUAAAGUGCUCCGCUGUAGUCUUUUGCUGUUGAAAAGCCGGUCUCUUAGGCUGAAUUUCAUCGACACUGAGUACCAGAGCUGAGAAGCGUCGGUUAGUGCGGGUCUCGCUCAUCUAGAGGCUUCGCUCUGUGGAACUGCUCUUCCGGACAGCGCGCGCGACAAGGAAAAGUAACUGCGUCUCCGCUCAUCACACUGUACUCGAAGAUGGAGCCACGCGCCGGGACCGGACUGAAGCUCUUGCUGUGGAUUUUAAGCCACAUCAGCAUCUCUCGGGCAGCUUCUCCAUCAUCCCAAAAAUGUGAUGAAGCUCUGGUCACUCCACUUCCCCAUAAUGCCUUCACCAGCUCCUCUGUGUUCACUAGUGGCUAUGCACCUGGAUAUGCCAAGCUAAACAAAAGAGGAGGUGCUGGGGGCUGGUCUCCGCUGGACAGUGAUCAUUACCAGUGGCUGCAGGUCGACCUGGGAAGCAGGAAACAGGUCACAGCCAUCGCCACGCAGGGUCGAUAUAGCAGCUCUGAUUGGACGACACGUUACCGGCUGCUCUAUAGUGACACAGGCAGGAACUGGAAACCAUACCAUCAAGAUGGCAACAUCUGGGCAUUUGCCGGUAACUCCAACACAGAGAGUGUGGUUCGGCAUGACCUGCAAAACCCAACUGUGGCACGUUUUUUGCGCAUCAUUCCUUUAGACUGGAGUGAAGAGGGACGGAUUGGACUCAGGUUCGAGAUCUAUGGGUGCCCGUAUUGGGCAGAUGUGAUUAAUUUUGACGGGCAGGGGGUGAUCUCUUACCGCUUCAAAAUGAAGAAGAUGAAGAUUUUGAAGGACGUAAUAGCCCUGAAGUUUAAAACAUCAGAGAGCGAAGGGGUGAUUCUGCACGGAGAGGGGCAACAGGGUGACUACAUUACCUUGGAGUUGAGGAGAGGCCGGCUACUGCUGCAGAUAAACCUCGGAAGUAAUCAGUACGGCUCCAUCCUGGGCCAUACAUCUGUGACUAGCGGCAGUCUGCUGGACGAUCAUCAUUGGCAUUCUGUAGUAAUUGAGCGCUACAGGAGAAAUGUCAAUUUCACCCUUGAUCAGCAUACUCAGCACUUCCGCACCAACGGGGAGUUUGACCACCUUGACCUGGACUAUGAGCUGACUUUCGGAGGAAUGCCUUAUUCUGGGAAGCCAGUCUCAGGAGGAAGAAGAAACUUCAAAGGCUGCAUGGAAAGCAUAAACUACAAUGGAGAGAACAUCACUGACCUGGCCAGACGAAAAAAACUGGAUUCUUCUAGUUUCCGGAACCUGACAUUCUCCUGUGUGGACACGCACACGUUCCCCGUCUUCUUCAACGGUACCAGCUUUCUGCAGCUGCCAGGGAGGAGGGACCACAAUAUGGUGUCUGUGGGAUUCCAGUUCCGUACCUGGAACCCCAGCGGCCUGCUCCUGUUCAGCUCCUUUGCAGAUGGAAUGCUGGAAUUGGCUCUAAACGACGGAAAAGUCACAGCGCACAUUAACGUCACUCAGCAGAAAAACAUGCGCGUGGACAUUGCAUCAGGUUCUGGUCUGAAUGAUGGAGAAUGGCAUGAUGUUCGUUUCCUGGCCAAAGAGAAUUUUGCCAUGUUGACCACUGAUGGGGAUGAAGCAUCAGCAGUGAGAACCACCUCGCCUGUCCAGAUCACAACAGGAAGCACGUACCACUUUGGAGGUUAUUUUUUAAGAACCAGAGCAUCUCCCAUCCAGCGCUCUUUCCAGGGCUGCAUGCAGCUCAUUCAGGUGGACGAUCAGCUGGCUGACCUCACCGCAGUGGAGCAGGGAAGGAUGGGAGCCUUCGAGAACGUCAGCUUGGACAUGUGUGCCAUCAUUGACAGAUGUAUGCCAAACCACUGUGAACAUGGAGGCCGAUGCAGCCAGACCUGGGAUGGUUUCACAUGCACUUGUGAUGGGACGGGAUACACCGGAGCCACCUGUCACACAUCUGUCUAUGAGCAGUCAUGUGAAGCUUACAAGCAUUUGGGAAGAUCAUCUGAUUCCUUCUGGAUUGACCCAGAUGGAAGUGGACCGUUAAGUCCUUUUAAAGUCAUCUGUAACAUGACAGAGGACAAGGUUUGGACGACUGUGGUGAAUAACCUGCCGGCGCAGACAGCAGUGACCGGCUCCAGCCGGGAGAGACGGACAGUACUGCAGCUGAACUACAGUGCCUCUAUGGAGCAGGUCACAGCUAUUACCAACAGCGCUGAACACUGCGAGCAGCAUGUAGCCUACGCCUGCAGAAUGUCACGCCUACUCAACACACCAGAUGGGACGCCUUACACAUGGUGGGUCGGCCGUGGUAAUGAGAAGCACUUUUACUGGGGUGGCUCUGUGCCGGGCAUUCAGAAAUGUGCAUGUGGCAUUGAGCGCAAUUGCACCGACUCCAAAUACUACUGCAACUGUGACGCUGACCAGAAGCAGUGGAGGGAUGAUUCUGGGCUUCUGGUUUAUAAAGACCACUUACCGGUCAGCCAAGUGGCUGUUGGGGACACAAAUCGACCCGGCUCGGAGGGCAAGCUGACUGUGGGACCUCUCCGUUGCUAUGGAGACCGAAGCUACUGGAACGCAGCAUCAUUCAACACGCCAUCCUCAUACCUGCACUUCUCCACUUUCCAAGGAGAAACCAGUGCUGAUAUCGCAUUUUACUUCAAGACCUCUGCUCCCUAUGGCGUGUUCCUGGAAAACCUUGGAAACACAGAUUUCAUCCGUCUGGAGUUGAAAUCCCCCACGGUGGUGUCGUUUUCGUUCGAUGUUGGAAACGGGCCGGUGGAACUGAACGUGCACUCUCCUACCCCCCUGAACGAUGACCAGUGGCACCGGGUCAGUGCGGAGAGAAACACGAAAGAGGCCAUUCUGCAACUAGACCAAAAAUACAAGGAGGUCAGACCUGCACCUACACAAGGACACACACGCCUGGAGCUCUACAGCCAGCUUUAUGUGGGUUCAGCAGGAGGUCAGAGAGGAUUUCUCGGAUGCAUCCGCUCUCUGAAGAUGAACGGUGUGACCCUUGAUUUAGAAGAAAGGGCAAAAGUCACUCCUGGUGUAAAACCUGGCUGUUCGGGUCACUGCACCAGUUUUGGGAUGUAUUGCCGUAACGGCGGCAAGUGUGUGGAGAAAUACAACGGCUAUUCUUGUGACUGCUCCACCACUGCUUACGAUGGGCCUUUCUGUUCAAAAGAUGUUGGUGGUUUCUUCGAGGCAGGAACACUGGUCAAGUAUAAUCUGGUUCCUGAAGUGGUGGCUGCAGCUUCCAGCCUAGAUGAGAAGAGCGUUAUCCACAACCUUCCUGUCGAGACCAACCUGACACGUGAAGACCUGACCUUCAGCUUCAGCACCUCCACUUCUCCUAGCCUUCUAGUCUAUGUCAGCUCGAAAACCCAGGAUUACAUGGCCGUGGUGCUCCGUCACAAUGGUACGCUGCAGCUGCGGUACAACUUGGGUGGUCUCAGAGAACCCUUCAGUAUUGAUAUUGACCAGAGAAACUUGGCCAACGGGCAGUCCCACACUGUCAACAUCUCUCGGGUGGAGAGAGACAUAGAAGUCCAGCUGGAUCAUUAUCCUCCCAUCAGCUACACCCUCCCAGAAGCAUCAGACACACAGUUCACCCUGGUCAAGUCACUCUUCCUGGGUAAAGUCUUUGAAACCGGGUACAUUGAUCCAGUGAUUAUUGAAAAAUACAACACCCCUGGGUUUGUGGGUUGCCUGUCCAGAGUGCAGUUCAACAGCAUUGCUCCUCUGAAAGCCGCUCUCAGGUCCCGUGGUUCUGUUCCUGUCUCUCACCAGGGUAAACUGGUGGAAUCCAACUGCGGAGCUUCACCCCUCACGAUCCCACCCAUGUCUGCUGCAACCGACCCGUGGCACCUAGACGCAGGUGCUGAUUUCCCCUUCAAUGAAGAAAGAGUGAUACCAGAUGGAGUAAACAGGAAUUCAGCUAUAAUAGGAGGAAUCAUUGCAGUGGUGAUCUUCUCUAUUCUGUGCACGCUGGUGUUUCUGAUCCGGUACAUGUUCCGCCAUAAAGGCACCUACCACACCAACGAGGCCAAGGGGGGAGAGUCAUCAGAGUCAGCCGACGCGGCCAUUAUCGGCACCGAGGCCAAUUUCACAGAGACCAUCGACGAAAGCAAGAAAGAAUGGUUCAUCUAAUGGGGGCAUACAGACCCUUUCAGAAUCUUUUUUUGGGAAUCAGAACUAAUGUUUUGGGAUCAAGCUCAUCACCAGUUUGAGAAACUGUCCUGUACAUAGUGGCUGGCUUGUCUCUUUCUAUUGUGUUUUGGCAAAAGUCUUUUAAGUGUCUAAACUCUGGAUCACAUUAAUAAAUCAUUUCACCAUGUGGUCUUUUUUUUCUUUUUUUUGUUACAGAAACCUAAUUAUUUGCCCAAAUCCUCUUUUAUGGAUUUUUUUUAUGUAAGAUUAAUCAUUUUCUUCAUGUUUUUAAUCUUAUAAGAGUCUUUGUGUGGAAAAUGUUUUAGACAGACUGUAAAUGUUAAAUCCUCUAUAUGAAUAUGUGUAUUUAAUUCAUUGCAAAAAUGGCACAGAUACGUUUUAGAUGACAUCAGAUUGUAUAUCAUCAGCGAGGGGAAGAAAAACAAGGCAUGCACCAAGAAUUAUGUCAAAUCAGCGCUGUCUGUUUGUAGCCUUCUGCACAGCUAUGCUCAUUUAUUUCUCGUGGAAGCCUUCAGUUUAUUGUUCCUUGCCAAACACCUCUCAGUCUUAAGCAUUUGUUUUGCUGAAGGCAUGUUUCAUGGCAUAAAGAUGUUAUUUUGAGAGAUCAUUUUGUCUGUGAUUCAUUUAUGCAGGCUGUGGUAAAGCAUUGGCAUAGUGGCAUCUAUAUCAUGAA